CAAAGAGGUGGGGCUGGCGGGAAGCCAUGGGCUGCCCUGGACUCUAUCGUUGUGGCAGACUUUGUGCCAGGAGUUUUUAUCUGAAGGUGUGCCGGGGGCUGCAUGGAGACCUUAGGAUGAUCCUGUACACACCACAUCAAAAAGAGUCCCAGCGUUUGAAGUUCCAGAAGCUGUUUCUUUUUGUGGCGGCUGCUCAUUAAACCAGCGGCUUUUGAUGACCUGCUAAGUCAAGUUCAAAACUAUGUGGACUGAGCAGGCACAGGGCACUCCUCAGACCAGCUCGGCUCUGCCAAGAAACGAAUCUCACUGUAGCUCUUGGAACUGCAUUCUAAGCUGGACCAUCACUCAAGGAACCCGCCUGGAAUAAAAGCUCCGGACGGAGAAAGCGCGCGGCAGCUGAGCUGGAUCGCUUGCUAGCUCAACUCCUACCUGCGGCUCUCCAGCGCACUCCUCCCCACCUCCUCCUCCUCCUCACCCACUUCCUCACGCUCUGCUCUUUACCGCUCCUCGCUUCCUUCUUGCCCUCUCUCCCUGCUUCCCCCUCUCCGAUUCUUCCUCUUUAGUUAAGAACUAACCUUCCCCCCUCCUCACUCUUCCUCUCCCCACCUCCCCCAGUCUUGGCCCUUCAGUUUCUCCUCCUCUCCCCUUAUCUUGCCAGCUUCUCUCCUUGCCCCCUGUCCCUUCUCUCUCUUUCUUUCACUCUGCCAUCUACAUUUCUUUUCUGCUCCCCUCCCCCUGUCUCAGAUCUCACUGUUUGCUUUUCUCCCGGAUGCGGAUGAAAGCGUUGGCCUGCCCGUGCCCUGCCCUACCCAAGUUCUUGGAACUGGGGACCUGCUUAAUGGCUGAGGGUUCCCGGACUCAGGCGCCAGGUCAAGGGCCUCCUAUAAACAUCCAGUUUCUUCGUGCCCAGUAUGAAGGUCUGAGGAGACAGCAGAGGACCCAGGCCCACCUAAUGGUGUUCCCUAAAGAAGGGACCAUGUCUACUCCAGCUAAAUCGAUGACCAGCGCUGUUUGGAUUAACAAGGAGAGAAGGAGCUCCCUGUCACCAGAGGAGACUGACUCUGAGGCGGAGGGGAUGCUGGAGGACGUGGACAGAAGCUGCCACCAGGCUCCCGAAACUCCAUGGCACAUGUUCUUAGAGCUGCACCGCGUGGUUCAAACCUUCCAUGUGGGACCUGGUCACCAAGGGAACCCCAAGGGACACCUUGUAGAGCCAGAACCUAGGUUCUCUCUGGAGGGAGACGCUGAUGCUUUGAAAAACAAUCAGAAGACACAACAGGAAAUCAAAAUCCCAGAGGUAGGCCAGCAUCAAAGUCAGGAGGGCUGCGCCCCGCCACACAUAGCCAGCUCUGGUGCUCAGCACCUUUCUUCUACGAAGAACUUAAGGUCUGGAAAACCAGCUUACUAUCCCUUUCCCCAGAGGAAACCACCCAGGAUCUCCCAAGCAGCCCGGAACCUGGGCUUAUAUGGCCCACCCUGAAGCUUUCCAUCAAACCAGAUAUCUCAUCCGUGUGGCCACUAACUGCUCAUCCAGGACCCACACAAAGCCACAACCAGAGCCUUGAACAAUGAGCAACAGUUGCACCACCUCAAUUUUGGAAUCAUGGGAAAUGAGCUUCUUAAUGACACACGUGGGUUUUUUUUCCCCUUCUAAACUCAAGAGAUUGCCCAAGACAGAUUGAGUACCAUUAGAAUGAAAGUGCUCUCUUAACCACCAGCCCAACUUUAAUCUUAAAAGGAAACAUCGCUAAGUCACCCUA